UCCGCUAUUAUUUAAGAAGCGGCCAUCUUUCUGUUGUAUUUUAACGUGAACUGCCUAUCUAUUAUAUCUAGAUCUAUAUUAUUUUCACAGAACUGAUAGCAAAAGUAAUUAGUUUUCAAGAACACAUUGAAGAUGGCUAACCCAAACCAUGAAGCCAACCCAGAUGACAUGCAUGAAAUAUGGAUUGUUUCGCCACUCAGUGGACAAAAGAAAGUUGUCCCCAUUGAAAUUAUGGAUGUCAAUGGCGAUGACAACAAAGUUCGCGUGGUUAAAAAGAGCAUAUUAAACCUAGAAGCGAUUCUCAAUCCACAAGACUACACCAUGGUUGCUUGCAUGGAAAGUAUCAACUCAAGCAGACAAAUGGAUGAUAAUGCCAGCAUACUUGAUUACUUUACUGAGAUGUGCAAUGGAUAUUUCGAAUUUAGUUCAAGAAUUUCCAAUGAGAAACCCCAAAAUAACUGAACUACAAACACUAAUUUUUUUUUUUACAUAAAAUCACCAUAACAAACAUAUUUUGACUACCUAAUUUUAAGCCUAAGUGAUAAAUAAAAAAAAACUGUCAUUAAAUUAAUUGAACACCUGUUUACAACUGAUAUUUUUAAAACCCAUUUUUACAAGCUUUUAUUAUCAUUAUAUUAGUGUGUAUUAAUUUGUUUUAUUUUUAUGGUAAAGUAAGCUAUUAAUUAAAACAACAUAUUGGCAGAUGAUGGACUAACUUAAAACUUUUGGACAGAGAUUACAGAUGGAUUUAUUACUUAGGUUUUGAAUGCUAAUGUGGGGAAGCAUGAAGAUAGAAUAGUUAUCUGAAAUGACACAAAUCAGUAAUGAGCUACCAUUGUAGAAUUAAUAUUGACUUACUUUUGACUUUGUCCUCUUUGCGCCUUAUGGAACAUAGGGCCUCCACCAUUUCCUUCCAUUUCUUCCGAUCCCCGGCUAUUUUGCCGACUCCCAAGACAUCCCUGUUGACUUCAGUUCUUCAAGAAGACUCCAACUUUAGGUCUGUCUUGGACGCCCUCUCUUCAGCUUUCCCUGGGGGUUCCACUCAAGCGCUUGGCGUGUAACAUUUGGGUGAGCCUUUCGCAGUGUGUGACCCACCCAGCGCCACUUCCUCCAUCUUAUUUGCACACCCAAAGGCUCCUGCCUAGCCUUCCUCCAUAGUUCUAUGUUCGGCACUUUGUCCUGCCAUCUCAGUUUCAGUAUCUGUCUAAGGCAUCUAUUCAUGAAGGUCUGUAUCUUUGCUGUGCUUGCUUUGGAGACUCUCCAUGUCUCUGCUCCAUACAGCAGAACUGCCUAGACAUCCUAAUUUUUGUGGUAAUGGAGAUGGCCGAAUUUUUCCAUAUGGGUCGCAGAACUGUGAAAGCGCAGCGGGCUGUAUUAACUCUAGCGCGUAUGUCCUCCUCUGUGCCUCCCGUUUUGCUGAUCUUGCUGCCAAGGUAGACAAACUCUUGCACAUCAUUUACCUGUCUUCCGUCUAUUGUCAAGAAUUAAUAUUGCAAAAGAAAUUUGCCGUUAAGAGGAAAAUUUGAUUUAAUUAUUGCUACAUUACUUGUUGCCUAUCACUCAUUAUAAACAGGCGACUUCUUCAAGUUAACUUCAACACUUUAUUAUUCAUACAAGACAGCUCUCUAGCUAAAUUCUUAGUCAUUUCCUAAUAACGUAUUACAUACGAAAACGGUAAACGGAGACAGAAUAUAUAUAUAUAUAUAUAUAUAUAUAUAUAUAUAUAUAUAUAUAUAUAUAUAUAUAUAUAUAUAUAUAUAUAUAUAUAUAUAUAUAAACACAUAACGUUACAAUUAUUUUUAGGUAGAUAUUUAUUGUUUAAUACAACAAUUUAAUUUAUAACAUUAUUAGGAAAAUGACUUUUAUUUAUAAUAAUUUUAAAAAAAAUGGAAAGUGCAUUAAAAUAAUUUGAGAUUUUAGCACCUAUUUAGAUAUUUAAAAAUACUUAUAAUAUUUUAAUGCAUUUUAAAAAGUCUUCAUUUAAUGUCGGAUACUAAACCGAAAGUCCAGAACUCGAACCGCUCAUUUUUGAAAAAGAAAACACACAGAGGUCUUAAAAUAUACUUUUUGGGAAUAAAAAAAAUUAUUACAAUUUUUUAAGAAAUCAGAAACAGAUUAAACUACUCUUCCGGUUACUGAAAAUUGCUCAAAAGUUGAAAGUAAUCUCCGUGCAGGAGUUAAUAGCUAUAUACGCGUUUCACGCACCUAAUUAAAACGGUAUUUUUGAACCCAUAAAUAGAGUUCAGAACAAGCCUACUUUCGGAUAUUGGAUGUCACUUAUUUGUAAUUGUAAUCUAAUUAUACGAUGUAAUAGUUAUAUUUAAAAUUUCUUCUACCUAACUAAAGCUUUACUACUGUUGUUAUGUUCCUACGAUUUUUAUAGAUUUGUUUUAAAUCUUAUACGUAUUUUACACGUAGGUUACUGUCGGGAUAUCAACUCUGGUUGCCAUUGAAACAGCAAAAGGAGUUAAAAUUUAACACCUUUUCAAACCUUUAAAAUGUUGUACGCCCAAAAGAUAAAUAAGAUACGACUACAGAUUUUAAUUCCUUAUACUAAAAUAUAUUUCGAUUUUUUUUUUGUUUUAUCUUGCAUGCAUUUAAAAUUAAAAGUUUACGUAAACCUAUGUACACAAUUAAUUGUUUUCUUCAAUUAAAUGGUGACACGUGAUGAUA